UUUAUUUCUCCCGAUCGAGAAAACCAAAAUUUAAGAACGAUCGAGAAAACCAAAAUUUAAGAAUCUCCACCGCCGAUUCUUCUCUCCGCUUCAAAUCCAAUACCUUCUCCGCCGAGUUCUUUUCCCUGCAAACCAGGAGUGUGCCGAUACCCGUUUUGUUUUCCGAUCAACGGCGCCGGCGAAGCAUGGAACCCUCCAACGUCUAUAACGAACCGUUUAGUGAGCUGAGGAUUUAUCCAAUUAGCAGCGGUUUUUCACCAUGGAUGCGGCUGGUGAAAGUUCUUUUAAUCAAAAAAAUGAGGUAGGAGAGAAGCCUGUCAUUGUUAGAGUUAAGGGAAAAGUGGGACAGUCUCUGCUAGAUGCUUUCUUGCCAGUGGAUUCACAAGAAAGGAAUUUACUUACACUACUAUCCAAGAAGAUACCUCUCGAUGAUCUGGUCAUAGGGAAAACUAUGCAACAUGUUGCUGUUCGUAUCUUGCGUAUGUGGGAAGCAAGAAACUUCAAACUUAACGGAACACUCAUGAGUUUGGAUAUGCUCUUUUUGGAUGAAAAGGAAAAUGUAAUUCAAGGAUCAAUUUACCACCGCCGAAUUGCCAAAUUUGAAGACCAUCUCGAAGAAGGGAAAAUGUACCUUAUUAGCAAUUUUGAAGUUGUUCCCACCUACGGCUAUUACAAAGUGACAGACAAUCCAUUUACUAUCAGAUUUUUGGAUUCAACUCAGAUUGUUCAACUUCCCGAAGAUAUCUGUACAAUAAACGUUGAAAAAUUCAGGCUAUACACUUAUGCUGAAAAUCACAAAUUUGUCGGGACCAAUAUCCACUUGUUUGAUGUCGUGGGACAAAUAUUGGAAGUCCAUGGGUCUAAUUUGGAGGUUUCUACCUCAACUGAAAGGAUCGUCCUCCUGCUCUUGCUAGCAGACAAUGAAUCAAUACGAGUUACACUUUGGGAUGAGCAAGCUUCAACCUUUCGUCAACAAUUGCAGCAAACUAAUCGACAAAACAGUGUCAUUGCAAAAUGCAUUUGAACUCAAGUGGAGCAACGAAGACAUAUAUCAAUGAUGAGUUAGAAGCAGUUCAAAAGUUGAUGAAACGGAUGGGAAUAGACAACAGAGCAAAACCUCCAACAAUAGUCGAACAAAAUAAUCUGAAAAACAACUUGGGAGUUUGGACUAUUGGCCAAAUAUUUGAAUACAUAUAUAGUGGAGCAACUGAGGAAAAAGAUUUGUUUUGUCAAACAAAAGUGAUUGGCAUUUCUCAACACAAUGGAUGGAAAUAUUUGGCGAAAUGAAAGAAUAUCUCAGUGCUG